AUGAAGAGAUCUCGCCAGAGCACGGUCUCGCCGAACAAGCGCGGUAAAGUGGCGGAGGUCCCACGGGACAGCCGCCAGGGGGGCAGUCUGUUUCAACAGAGACUGGAACGAUAUGCACUGGAUAUUGCAGUGGACGGGGUUCCCUCAGAGUUGUACAAUACUGGGUCCAGUCAUUUCACUAGAUUGGACCCCCCCAAGUUUAACCCAGCUUCGCAUUUGCCCUAUAGAGUUCCGGAUGUCACUGUUCAGAGUAAGUACCUCUGCCAUGUGGUGGUCAAUUUGUACGCAGCGAUUAGCUCGUUGGAUAUACAAGGGAUUGUUGCGCUCAACGCUAGGGAUUUAGCUGAGGAUGGGUCCCUUGGUGCAGUGGAUAUCAACGAGUCAGAUAUUGCUACUUUCGAUGAGGCAGAGGAGAACGAUGACGAGGAACAACAGAUGAUGAUGGCUUUCGCGGAUGAGAGUGGAGACGUCGCUGAAUACAUUGAUGAACUGACUGCUCCGGACUUCAACGUCUCGGGGAAGAUCACGGAACGGUCAGAGUCUAUAGUGAACGUCAACCACUGGACGAACGAACUGCGCAAUUGUCUCAAUUCAGGUGUUGUUCCAAUGCCAUUGACGCUGAGGGCAGCCCUCACUACAGUGUACUACCAUCUCGCACUCACACAGGGGCAAAAGAUUUACAGACAAUUGCACGUCGAGAUCCUAGAGUUACUUGUAAACACGGACGACAGUGGUACUAACUUCACAAAAUUACUCAGGGAUAAUGGGCUAGUGUUAGACCACACACCAAUGUUUCAAUUUCUCACGCAGUUCUUGCCCUACCCAGACGCAGACUUCGCCAGGUACGAUAUCCAAUCAAGAGACGAUUUGCAAUUGUUCAGAUUGCUUCUCAAGUUGGCACACUUGGCGAGACCGUUCUUCAAGGAGGACGCGGGGGAGCCGAUCCUAAGUGACACACUCGAUUUCCUACUAGCAAGCUUCGCACCUUCAACAAUGUCAAUGGUCCUACCCAUCAUCAAUUCCUACGUCCCCUACCAUUACUCGACAACGGCAGGAAGGGACAACAUUUUGACUUACUUCCCCGUAUUUUUCAGCAUUUGGAGUUCAGUGAGUCCAGGUGUCGCCAUCGAUACACACAUGUACGAUUUUGUUGGGUCCGUCGCAGAGGAUUUCCACGAAAGGUUUCUUCUGGAAGAUCAAGCUCACAACACGGAUACCUGGUCCAGGGACCACUUCUCGGAAUACGGGCUGUUCACGCCAACUCAGAUGAGCUUUCUUUUCAACAGACUCCAGGGCCAUUUGAGGGCAGACGGACAAAUCCACUCGUACUCCAGGACAGUUCGGCCCUUCGUGUACUCCAUUAACCCACACAACAACACCGCAUUCUGGAGGAAACUCAUCAGUUUGGUCAAAUCGAUAGAAACUUUUGUUCACCCUUCCAACACUGGGUUCUGGACAAGACCUAUCGCCAAAUUUGUCCACGCCUUUAUCAAGAUGUACCACGGCAGAAGGCAGAGGGAAUUACUGUGCGAUCACACCCCACAUUUUGCAUUGACCAACGAGUGCCACUCCAAGAUCACCUCCGUGUUUGUUGAAGUGCUCUUCACAGGGUCGCAGAACAAAACAGCAGAUGUCGCAAACUACUACAUCUCCAGCAUGGCGUACCUGCUUGACUUAAAACCAUCUAAUCAACACAUUAUCUUUGACAGAGUACUAACCGACAUCUACGACGCCCUCGCAGGCGAAUACAUCCACUCAAGACACAGAAUCAUUGCAUCGUUGAAACAGUUCACUAGGAUCGUUAGGUACAUGACUCUCCAUAAGAUUUAUAGAAUUCAUAUCACAAACAUCAUGUCCCUACUAGUCGCCAAAAUCGAUUUGAACGAUAUCAAUUUGACAAGCAACCUAUUGAACGGGAUUGUGUCCAUUACAAGCUUCGUACCCCUCGAGGCUGCCACUACUACCCUCCCUGCUGGUGAAGAUACUUUGACUUUCGAAUCGCACACUUUACCUUUUAUCGAGGCACAUUUCAUCCAUUUGAAGUGUGCGAAAUCCACACCGGAAUUGGACACGCAGAAGGGGGCGGACUUGGAAAAGUUAUUCAACGCCUCGACCACUAUCUUUGAAAAUAUCCUGAGAGUGUACGUCGAGAAACUGUUCCACUUCGUGGACGUAGAACUCGAGGAGGCCUUCAUCACGAAACUGAACCAAACAACGUUGCUCAUGAUCGAAUCAAUGGACAACCGUACGUUCAAAGUGUACUCAGAAUUGUUCCAAAGAGUGUUCUGGGACAACGACGCAUUCAGAGAGAAGGAUCCAAACUACGAGCUCGUCAGCGUCGCACUCUCAGCCAUCGUGAAGAGAGACCCAGCCUCGGCGGCACCCCUCAUCAGAACCAUCUUCUUUAAUGUCAAGCAGCAGAUCGAGCGCGGUGCCGCCUCCGUGAGAAGCUCCUCGGAGAUCCAGAAGAGGGAUAUCAGGCUUGUGAUGUUCCUGAACUCGUUGAAUGACGUGUUGAGACAAUCACACGAGGCGCUGAUCUCCAUCGAGGACGAACUCAUCGAGUUCAUGAAGUACUUAUUUGGAAAUGUCACGAACCCACCACUUGACGUCAUCACCUCGAUCAUCGUACACAGCUCCCUCGCAACGCUAACUACCACAGAGCUGACUGAGGCACGCCUCUUCCCGGAAGAAUCAACACUAUCCACGAGUGAGAAAUGGGGCGCGUUGCAAUUCGAUGAACGCAGGUUCCAAAUCCAGGACUUAUUAUGGCAUGUCCCCUCAAAACAGGAGAUUGACGUUGCCGUGAACAUCCUGAACCAGAUGGUGGAUUGGUGCAUUACGAAAUUGGAGAAACUGUUGGAGUCGCCACAGUCAGAUACUGUGUACUGUGACCAGCUUCAGAAGUAUAUCUUGAUCAUCACACAUUCGCUCUCAGGUGCAAGUUUACUGUUCGACCCUGAGUUUAAUGAAUUGACAAGGGGUAAAACCGCUUCAAGAGGGGUGAGGUUGGCGACCUGGGAUGAUGACGAACUGGGCGCGGAGGCGACAGACGGGCACGCUCCGAAGUUGACCGCUGGUGCAGAUGAUGAUCUCGCCAGGGAUGAGGAGAGCGCCGAUGUGGUCAACAAAGACACAAGCCCAGAAGACAUCCUCAUUUUCGAUGCUGAUGACAUCAAUGGUGAUAAUGCCUCUGAGGUUCCCUCGGGGAUAUGCACGCCAGCAGUACCUGACACCGAUGACAAUGAUAUUUCAGACGACCUAUGCUGUGUUAAUAAAAGUACCGGUUUCAAGAAACUGAACAUCUUUGCCUGCAACUACUGUUUUGGUCAAACUGAAGCAGAAAAGUUGCGGAACCCAUUGUAUUUUGAAGUGCACAAGAUCAGGGACAGGAUCGGGGGUCUUCUCCACAAGGUAUACUUGUUUUUAAUCGAGCACCACGAAAACAAUACAAUCAUGAACCAAAUCAUACUCCAUGGUAUGAAAGUAUUUUUCACCGAUGUUGGACAGGAAACUGUUUUUAACGAGGACUCGACAGCAACUUUGGAUUGCGAUUUCUUGGAAAAUAUCCAGUCCUUGGCACAUGUGGACAAACCGUACACUCGAACGUUAUUUGCAAUCAAAAUCAACGAAUACCACCAGAGUCGCGUCAUGCUACACUCAACAAAUCGUUAUCCCUCUAGAUUGGAAAAAAAAUUGCUUAUGGACAUCAUUUCUUUGUCAAUUUCCAUAUAUCCGGAUGUUUACAAGCCAGCGCAAGGAACCCUUGUACAUUGUAUGAAGCAAGUAAUUGGAUCUUAUGCGACAAUAAUGGGUGUUGUCAUGACGUCUUUAAGGGAAGGUGUAAAAACCCAAUCGCACAAGAAAAUCGAAGUUGUGCUGAAAUUACUCUUGGUGAAGAAGAUUCAUCGGAAGAUUAUGUCAGAUUUCAAAAAUUUGAAAGAUCUGGUCUUGUUGCUCAUCGAAUGUUGUAAUAUCAACGAACUUGAUGUUGGUGUUCUUGCCGAGCGUUUACUGCUUAACAUUGUCGGUGGACUGAAGAUUCCUUCCAGUAUUUGCGUCCACGAUGAAAGGAUGUUCACACCGAUCGCACCGACUGACCAGUACAUGGCUGCAAGGGUGAAGGCUAUCAGGGAAUCUAAGGACAACAAACGUCAGUACUACUUACAGUUGUUGACAAGUCUGCAAGAAACUCUACUGGAUGUGCUAAACAAGCAAAAUAAAGCAACGUGGAAAAUUCCAAUUAUUCUAGUAAGAUUUCUCAGUAGACUACAGUCCAGUCUAGAGAUAUCUACAAAUGUCAAAGCCGUUUCCCUACUCCACGAACAAACAAGGGAAAAGCACCCAGAUAUGGUCCAUUUGGUAGUUAGAUCUUACCUUGGGAUAUUCAACAAAAUAUUUUCCUUGUCUGACUACAAGUACGACAUCUCUAAUGCGUAUCGAAGCAGUUUUGAUCCAUCCUUUGUGGAGGUGAUUCAGUCAUCAGAAAUUGAUUUCAAAAAGAAGUUCCAAGCUGAAAUGAAUAACUUGGAGCAUCCAAACUUCUUUAUUGAUUGUCGCCCGUUUGUAGGUUGGUUAUGUUGGGGACGAGAGAUGAAAGUGUUGAAGGCUGAACCUGUCCAAAUCAACUUGAAGCAAGAAGACAUCAAUGCUGUGAACUGCUUGGGUUCAUUGGUGAGCAAGCAAUGGCUAAUAGAUGUUACGACAACACUGGUCCAAGAUAACGAGAGUCGUACUGUCUUCAGCAGCGGUAACGUUUCAUUUUUCGUUUUGAUGAUUAUUUUGAUCACCGAAAAGCAUACUACAGCGAUUACUUUGAAUGACUUGUUCGAUCUCUGUACCAAAUACUACGAUCGAUACGACAAAGCAGCAAUGAUUAUGUCUGUAGAAAUCUUUUCCAGUUUGCUCUGUGGUGAUAAGUACAUGGCUAAGGAUGAGUUGAAGGCUCGUAAUACGUUUGCCUCCAGGUUUUUGAAAGAUUGUUUGAAUAACGAACUGAACCAGGAUGCCUUUGAAAUUUGGAGCACGUUCUGUUGGUGGAUUCCUACGCUCUACGACAUCAGAAGAUGUCCACCACUGUUUGAAAUCUUCUCUCAUGUCGAGACCGUGCUUGAUAGUAAUUCUGACGCAGCUGCACAUCAAGCUUACAAGUUGUUGAUGUUGCGGAGUAUCGCUAUCGGUACAGAGUUUAGAUCUCCUGAUAUGAGUCACGUCAUAGACACACUUAUUUUUGACCACCCGUACGAUCAAGUGCGGGAAGCCGUUGCGAAGUUAUUUGUUACGUUGAUUCAGAACAUGUGCUACCCAUCUAUGGACAGUCCCAAGGCGUUGUUAGAAGCCGAGAUGAGUGCUGACGGGUUAGGUCUGCCAAUGAAAUGGGCAACAUCUAAAAUUGACACCGUGAUCAAGAGGCAUUUCCAAUUGAUCUCUGAGGAGUACACUUUGCAUAUAAGGGGCAAAGAUCUAACCCCGCAAGAAAGCAUCAAGACGAGAUACUUUUACCUAUCCUCGACAAUGUACUAUUGGACAACCGAGAUGAUAAAGGGACCCAAUAAAGUCAUUCUUUUCCCUUACCUUGUGGAUUACAUUAUUCCAUUUUUAUUACGUUUGAUCUUACAAAAGGAAACCUGCCAGUUGGCAGGCAUCGAUGCAGCCACCAUCUUCCUUGGGAUCGCGUACUUGCCUGUUCGUGAUAAGGAGAUGUGUUCAAUUGCCGCACUAAUGUGUGCCAAACCGAGUAAGAAGGAAUCCUCCCACCAACUGAAAUUGAAACUAAGCUUUAUCCAGUUCUUCCUGUCUGCACAUCUGUUGCGACUAGACCAGGAACAAAAAAAUAUCAUCAUGGAGUUUAUAGUGACCAACUUGUACAACGACAAGCUCGUUGAGGUAAGAGACCGUGCGGCCGAUGUACUAUCAGAUAUUGUCCACAACAUUGAGUCCGAGCAAGCGCUGAUCCAGCUGAUAUCGCGCUUCUCCUCCAAGCUGGAUGGUCUGACCUGGGAACAAAAACAGGAGCAUUCGAAAACAGACUCGCGCAUUCACGGAAGCGUCAUCGGUCUUGGUGCCAUCAUAUCUGCCUUCCCCUACGUGUUCCCCUUGCCCAGAUGGAUUCCUGAGCAGCUGAGCAGACUGUCGUCGUGGGCCCGAACCAACGGUGUCGCGGGCGCCUCUGCAAAGGCCAUAAUUGCCGAAUUCAAGAAAGUGAGAACGGACACGUGGCAAUUCGAUAGGACGGUGUUCACAAGCGAUGAACUGGAGGAUUUGGAAGGUGUCAUGUGGAGGAGCUACUACGCGUAG